GUUGCGCUUCCUGGUUGCGUUACCAUGAAUUAAUACUACACUAUACAUAACCUUGUUGAACAAUACAUGUUGAAGGAAAUGUAAAAUUAUUAUUUUUGAUAAUGUUGGAAUAAUCUGUGUUGAAAUGAUAUAGACUAUACAGUGGGAUAUCAAAUAUCUGUCUAUAGAUUCUGUUUAUAAUAUUUAUAGUGGCUGAGACAUCCAACCAGGAAUAGAAAAUGUAGAUUUACCAGCCAAGAAAAGCUUGAAGAUACAGUUCUAUUUAUAUAAACAUCAUUCCAGUCAUUAAGAAGAUUAUAUCUCAAAUAACAACUUAACAGGAAGUGGUAAAGUGAAGCUAGCGCAAUGCCGGGUGUAGGAUUUAUACGUGUCAAGCUACUGCAGGUGGAGCGGGGACAGAGUAUGGACAGUAAGGCAGACGUGUUCGAUCCAUACAUAGCAAUUAACGUAAAGGAAGCUGUAAAUACUCCAGGACGAGGAAUCCAAUUGGUUCAGAGAAAGAAGACCAUCUAUCCAGAAUGGAAUACGUGUUUUGAUGCACAUCUGUACGAGGGUCGUGUUAUACAGAUGGUUGCCAUGGAGAGACCUAAUCGUUUCCUUGCUGAAACUACCGUCAGUGCCAAGGCAUUGGCAGACAAAUGUUCAGACUCAAAUAUAGUAACAGCUUGGUUGGAUUUGAAACCCUCCGGGAGAUUGCAGUGUCAGAUACGAUACUUCACAGAAAAUGAAGACGAUGGAAGUAGCAAAGAAGACGAGGUGACCCGGUCCAAGAAGGGAGGCAGUAAGGAUGAUAAGAGUAAAAAAAUGCAGCCUUCCGUUACUGAGAAGCAGCAAGGGGGAAUCACUAGACGCCGUGGUGCAAUUAAACAGCAAAAAGUUCAUGAGGUCAGAGGUCAUCAGUUCAUUGCCAAGUUUUUCCGGCAACCGACAUUCUGUUCUUACUGCAAUGAUUUUUGUUGGGGAUUGAACAAACAGGGAUACCAAUGCAAAGUAUGUAAUUGUGCGGUACACAAAAAAUGUCACGGAAAAAUUCUUGGAAAUUGUCCGGGCAGUGCAAAGGACAGUCGAGAAACAAAGAUGUUAACUGAAAGAUUUAAUAUAAAUGUACCACACAAGUUUAAGGUGAACAAUUACAUGUCUCCAACAUUUUGUGACCACUGUGGAACACUACUCUAUGGUCUUUUCAGACAAGGACUAAAAUGUCAAGUUUGUUCUGUAAACUGCCACAAAAAGUGUGAGAAGUUCAUGCCCAAUUUAUGCGGAGUCAAUCAGAAAUUAUUUGCUGAAGUAUUACAGACAGUGAAGAAAUCAGGUGAUGAUCGUAGAACUUCCGUUUCCCCUGAUAAAACAGGAGCUGGGAAAGCGGAUGAAGAUUCGUCUGAGGAGGAAGGUUAUGAACAAGUUUGGGACAAGCAGAAUCGUGAUGUCCCACCUGCCCCACCACCUAAAAAGAGAUUCUCUCCUGAACAGUUUAAUAUGCUCAAAGUUCUUGGAAAAGGAAGUUUCGGAAAGGUGAUGCUGGCAGAAUUGAAAGGAACAAAUACAUUCUAUGCAAUAAAAGUAUUGAAAAAGGACGUGGUGUUAGAGGACGAUGAUGUAGAAUGCACGAUGAUAGAGAAACGAGUAUUAGCACUAGGCUGUCAACAUCCAUACCUUACACAUCUACAUAGUACAUUUCAGACAGCUAGCCACUUAUUCUUUGUAAUGGAGUAUUUAAAUGGUGGGGAUUUGAUGUUUCAUAUACAAGUGUCUGGAAAGUUUGAAAUGAAUAGAGCUCAAUUUUAUGCAGCAGAGAUACUUCUAGGAUUACAAUUUCUUCAUUCCCAAGGCAUUGUUUAUAGAGACUUGAAACUAGAUAACGUAUUACUGGACAGGGAUGGACAUGUAAAAAUAGCUGAUUUUGGAAUGUGUAAAGAGGGAAUAUUUGGUGAGAAUCGUGCCAGUACAUUCUGUGGUACUCCUGAUUAUAUAGCUCCUGAGAUUUUGAAAGGACAAAAGUACACAACGUCAGUCGACUGGUGGUCAUUUGGUGUAUUGUUGUAUGAAAUGAUGAUUGGACAGUCACCGUUCCAUGGUGAUGACGAGGACGAUCUGUUCCAUUCUAUACUAAAUGACACUCCCCAUUAUCCAAGAUGGCUGCCAAAAGAAGCUGGAUCAAUACUCAGUUUGUUGUUUGAGAGGACACCAGCAGACCGUUUAGGUAUGCCGACAUGUCCCGCCGGGCCAGUCAGGGCCGUUCCUUACUUCCGUAAUAUAGACUGGGAAAAACUGGAAAGAAAACAAAUAGAUCCUCCAUUCAAGCCAAAGAUUAAAUCCGACAGCGACAUAUCAAACUUUGACACUGAUUUUACGAUGGAAAAGGUUGCUCUGACACCACCGGACAAAGAUCUUAUGAAGACAAUGAACCAACGCCUGUUCCAGGGAUUUAGUUUUACCAGCGUUGCAGCCUUGUGAUAGAUCCAUUAUUCCUCAUGCAUUUUAACACAGUUCACAGAAUAACUCCCUCAUGCUGUAUGAAUGUGACAUGAAACAAACAAACAAAAAACUGGCACAACAGGGAUUUUUUUAACGGUUUUGAAAUACAGUCAAACUUGUAUUAAGCGACCGCGCAAGGGAAACACCCAAAACGGUCGCUUAAUGAAACGGUCUCUUAAGACAAAGCAUGAUGUAAAAGUCAAAAUUUAUAAAUGACAUCUUUCUUAUGCGGUGAGAAUGUUUUUCAACUUCAUUUUCAUAUAAAUGUUGAAUAAUUAGUACGCUCCGAUAAUCUAAAUGGAUACUAAUGUAACAAAAAUAAAGUUCUGAUAUUUAUUGACAAAACAGUUUUGAUCCAUUACGUACAUGUUUGACAUUUUUUCUAGAAUUUUUUAACUGCUCCAUUGUUUUUCCUAUACUCCAACACGAAAAGCCUAUUAGUGAAGAUGCUUUCUGUUGUGCAUUUUUUUCAUUUUAAAUAAACAAACUUAAUCUAAUUGUUACGAUUAAUUUAUUUGCUUAUCAAGUUCAAGGUCAAUUCAAUGCAGUCUAAAUGUCAAUAAGAGAAACGUAUACACCAUCUCAGUAGGGGCGGAGCGUUGCAUUGUUUAUUCGAUAUUAUUGGAUAAUACACGUACCGCAUUUACUUAACUUCAUUUGCAUACGCUAAAACGGUUUGGGAAAUAGAGUUUUUCACACGUUUAUUUGUUGUGUUUGAUUUUUGACACUUGUGACUUUACGAGGCGGCGUUCUCUAAAAACACAAUUACUUGACAGGUAAAAGUGGUCGUUGAAUGAAAAGAUUGAGCUCAAUUAGGUGACUAAUUGGCAGUCGCUGGUCGCAUUGAGCAAAAGUCGCUGAAUACAUUAAAGAUAUAGAGAGAAAAUGAUUUGGGGGAAUUUAAAGUGGUCGUUUAAGACAAAAGUCGCUUAAUACACGUGGUCGCAUGGGCAAGUUAGACUGUACAGUACAACAGAAAUUUUGUAAUAAUGUUAAUAAUUGAAAUUUUAUUUUAAUAGGUGUAUCAUUUGUUUGGCAUAAUUAUUAUUACAUGAUAAUUUCUAAAUGAUUCAUUAAAGGAAAGAACUUUAUGGGAAAUUUUGGAUUACUUUAGAUUUUUUUGUAAUCACAAAGUAUUAAAGAAGCACUUACUUGUUUUGAAACGAAGCAAUGGAGAAACAUUUGUUUUACAAUUUUCAUUUCAGUGUUCAAUACAUUGAAAACAGGAAAUGUUUUUGAGUUUUCUUCUUUACUCUCAAAUAUUGGCAUAUACACAGUUUACUUGACAGAAUUACAAAUUAAUAUUAACUUGAAAUUCAUGAUAAUUAGACUUAUUGUACCAAAAAACUGUUGGCCAGAGUAUUUUUGUGAAGAUGCGUUUUUUUUGGUUUUUUUUUCUUUCUUAUUAUAUAAGGUAUUAAAAAAAUAAAGCCCAUUUAUACAUCAAGUUUUAUUAUUAUUAUUAUUAUUAUUGGUUAAUUAUUUGUUAUAAUGUUGUACAUGUGUAUUUUAUUUACAGAAAUUUUGUUUGAUAUUUAAAAUUUUCUGCUAGAAAGACUGGUGCUUUGGAGUUUAAAAAUAUUUUACAUGUUGAUGAAUUAUGAUAGAAAUU